GUCCGUCAUAUUGAUCCAUCAGAACGGUUGGAGCCCGAGAUUCAGUUGGAGAUUGCAGAUGAGUUUAUUGACUCAGUAAUAAAGUUUGUUUGUCGUUUGGCCAAGCAUCGCAAAUCCGAUACACUGGAAGUCAAAGACCUUCUAGGUAUGACGAAAACUCCAUCGCGGGAUUGGGGGAGUUAUCUGACAAUUUGUUUUUCUUGA